AUGUUGCUCACCAGAGCCUGGCGAAGGCCAGCCUCGCUGUUCCGGCGCCAGGCGAUGGCGCCUUCCCAGCGGUGGUUUGCCGAGCGGAUUCCCAAGCAGCACCCUGACAUGGUGCCGGACGAGGCUAUGCGCUCCAACCGCCCGCGCGCCCCGGCGCUGCUCUUCGCCAGCUUCAUGGCGCUGUGUAUGUUCAUCUGGGUGCCCCCCUUCUUCGCCACCGUCGCGCUGGGCAGCGCCAAUGAGAACGCCACCACUCAGGCGAAGGCCAUCGGUGGCCAGAGUGAGCGGGGGGACCAGACGCGGGAGAAGAUGAAGCGGGACUAUGCGGAGCGCCUUGCGCGGGAGAGGGAGGAGAAGGCGUUGCUCAACCAGCACGAGCAAGAGAUAGAGAGGCCGUCGCCGGCGAAGCUCGGAGCGCAGGAGGUUGGCGCCUGGGACAAUGGAGUAUUCACAAUGACUGGUGGGCUCAUGAAUGAGAGGUUGAACUUUGGCCGGCACAUGGGCCGCCGCUACCGCGAGGUAGCGCGGAACGAGCCGGGGUACUGCCGGUGGGCCCUGAGCAUCGAACAGCCCCAGGGGGAGCUCAGGCAGUUCGCCGACUGGCUGCGGAGGCACCAGGACCGCCAGAGAAGAAGUCCAUCGCCUUUCGACGACCUCUUCGGCGAGUCGGACUUUGACGGCUCGGCGCAGGAUGAAGAUCCUGAAGCGCAUGAGGCGCCCUUUUCCGACGACAGCCCCUGGGAUCCUUAUCUGCUGCCUCCGGAAAGGAGCAUGGAGAGGAUAGCUCGGCAGCUGCACGCCUCCAUCACGGAGCUGGCGAAGCAGGUGGGGCCACAUGCGGAGGCACAGCGUCUGGCGGAACUGUUGGACCGACUUCCGCGCGUGCGAUUCGCAGAGAGCCUCUUCCGCGGUAGCCCUCAUCCCGAAAGCUGUCCCAUGUGCAUGGAGGACUUCGAGGCCUGGGAGGACGAGAACGGGGCCAUGGCCAUCGUUCUCACGCCCUGCCUGCACGCCUUCCACCGGGGGUGCCUUGCAGGGUGGCUGAAAAGUCCAGCGCCUGCUGCUGGAGGCGGGCAGUGCGGGUUCCGCACGGACUGCCCCGCCUGCCGGUGGCCGGUGACGGACCUCGGGGACCAGAAACUCGAGGACCUGCUUGCCGAAGGCGCAGGCGGGGAAGCUGCCAGCGCGCACGGCAGCUGGGAGGCUGGAGAGGUGGUUGUGCUGGACGACUGA